AUGUCAACUCAUAGACCUUUCCAAUUGAAUCAUGGAUCGAUUGAACAUACUUUUUUAGUUCCUCAUUCCUUAUACGCCAACUAUUCACAAUUGAAGGAUGAAUUUGCCAAGACGCUACCACAACCUACUGAAGGAUUUGCUGGCGAUGACGAACCUGCUAGUCCUGUUGAAUUGUAUGGUAAGUUUUUGGGAUUCAUAAGUCAACAACAACAACCAAGCCAAGAUGAAGUUUUGCGCCAUGCCAUUAGAGACUUUGAAUCCACUUUUUUACAAGAUACUGAUGAUAUUCAUUCAUUUGCAGUCAAGAUUUUACAAGAUGAAACUUAUCCAACAACUCAAUCAAAGAUUAAGAAUCUUGUCAAGAAUUACUAUCAAUCAGUUCAGAAUAUCCCCAGAACCGAAUCUAAUUUAUUAUACCACGCAGCUAAAAAGACUGCAAAAUUGGCAUCAAUUUUCGGUGGUCAAGGUAAUACCGAUGAUUAUUUUGAAGAAUUGAGAGAAAUUUACAAUGUUUCAGCCAAUUUGAUUGUUGACGAUUUGUUGAUUCCAAUCACUGAUAAGUUGAAUCAGUUGGUUAAACAAGAUUCUGAAUUUGACAAGAUUUAUACUCAAGGUUUGAAUAUCUUGAGAUGGUUAAAACAUCCAGAAACUACCCCUGAUCAAGAUUAUUUAUUAAGUGUCCCCGUUUCGUGUCCCAUCAUUUGUAUAAUCCAAUUGUGUCAUUAUGCUGUCACUUGUAAAGUGUUGGGUUUAAACCCAGGUGAGUUGAGAGAUUUGACAUCAUGGUCCACUGGUCAUUCUCAAGGUUUGAUUACAGCUGUUGCCAUUUCUGGCUCUUCCUCGUGGGAAUCAUUCUUAUCUAAUGGUAUUAAAGCUUGUUCAUUUAUGUUUUUCAUUGGGUCCAGAUGCUUGAGUACCUAUCCAAGAACCACUUUGCCACCGACCAUGUUACAAGAUUCGUUAAACCAUGGCGAAGGCAGACCAUCACCCAUGUUGUCUGUCAGAGAUUUACCAACUUCAAAAGUUGAAAAAUUUAUUGAACAAACAAAUGCUCAUUUACCAAAGGAAAAGCAUAUUGCCAUUAGUUUAAUCAAUGGUGCAAGAAACUUGGUCUUGUCCGGUCCACCAGAAUCAUUAUAUGGUUUCAACUUGAACUUGAGGAAUGUCAAGGCUCCAAAUGGGUUGGAUCAAUCACGUAUACCUUUUAGUGAGAGAAAAUUGAAAUGCUCCAACAGAUUUUUGCCAAUUUUUUGUCCCUUCCAUUCCCAUCUUUUAGCUGAUGCCACUGAUGUUGUUUUGCAAGAUAUCGAAAACAUUGCCUUUAAUGAAUUGAAGAUUCCAGUUUAUGAUACGUUUGAUGGAAGCAACUUGCAAGGCAAAUCACCAGUUGAUUUGAAUGCUAGAUUGGUUAAAUUGAUUACUGAGUUACCAGUUCAUUGGGAAUUGGCCACCGAUCACGAAGCUACUCAUAUUCUUGACUUUGGACCAGGUGGUGUUUCCGGAUUGGGUAUCUUGACUCACAGAAACAAGGAAGGUACCGGUGCAAGAAUCAUUAUUGCCGGUGCAUUGGACUCUAACCCAUUGGAUGAUGAAUAUGGUUUUAAGCAUGAAAUUUUUCAUAGAUCAGAAGACCGCAAAAUCAAAUGGGCUCCAAACUGGUUGCAAGAGUAUAAACCAACAUUGGUUAAAACUUCCAAAGGUAAGACUUAUGUAAAUACCAAGUUUUCUCAAUUAUUAGGAAGAGCACCAUUGAUGGUUCCAGGUAUGACUCCAACUACGGUCAAUCCAGAUAUUGUUGCUGCUUCAUUGAAUGCUGGUUAUCAUAUUGAAAUUGCUGGUGGUGGUUACUUUGAACCAGUGCUGAUGACUAAGGCGAUUGACAAGGUUGUUGCUAAUAUCAAGCCAGGUUACGGAUUGGGAAUCAAUUUGAUCUAUGUCAAUCCAAGAAUGUUGCAAUGGGGUAUUCCAUUAAUCAAAGACUUGAGAGAAAAAGGUUACCCUAUUCAGUCAUUGACUAUUGGUGCAGGUGUUCCAUCAUUGGAAGUUGCGACUGAAUACAUCGAAGAGUUGGGAUUGACUCAUUUGGGAUUGAAACCAGGUUCUAUCGAUGCCAUUAGUCAAGUUAUCACUAUUGCCAAAGCCCAUCCAAAUUUCCCAAUUGUUUUGCAAUGGACCGGUGGAAGAGGUGGUGGUCACCAUUCUUUUGAAGAUUUCCACCAACCAAUCUUUCAAAUGUACUCCAAGAUUAGAAGAUGUGCUAAUAUUGUCUUGGUUGCUGGUUCUGGAUUUGGAUCUGCUGAUGAUACCUAUCCUUACUUGACUGGUUCAUGGUCCAGCAAAUUCAACUACCCACCAAUGCCAUUUGACGGUGUUUUAUUUGGUUCAAGAGUCAUGACUGCCAAGGAAGCCAAGACCUCAUUGGAAGCCAAAAAGUUGAUUACUCAAUGUCCUGGUGUUGAAGAUUCCAAAUGGGAACAAACUUAUAAGAAGCCAACUGGUGGAAUUGUUACCGUCAAGUCAGAAAUGGGAGAGCCAAUUCACAAGAUUGCCACCAAAGCCGUUAUGUUUUGGAAAGAGUUGGAUGAGACAAUUUUUAACUUGCCAAAGAAUAAGCUCAUCGAAGGCUUGAACAAAAAGAGGGAUUACAUUAUCGACAAGUUGAAUAAAGAUUUCCAAAAACCAUGGUUUGGUAAAAACAGUCAAGGUGUCUGUGAUUUACAAGACAUGACUUAUCAAGAAGUUGCCAAUAGAUUGAUUGAAUUGAUGUAUGUCAAGAAAUCAAACAGAUGGAUUGACCUUUCUUUGAGAAAUUUCUUUGUUGAUUAUCUUAGGCGUGUUGAGGAAAGAUUCACUACUGAUGCAAACACAGUGUCAUUGAUUCAAAAUUAUGCUCAGUUGCAAAAUUCACCUCAAAAGUUUACUGAUGAUUUUUUCAACCAUUUCCCAUUAGCCAAGACCCAAUUGAUUUCAGAAGAGGAUUGUGACUUCUUUUUGAUGUGUGCUUCAAGACCAACUCAAAAACCAGCUCCAUUUGUACCAGUUUUGGAUGAACGUUUUGAAUUCUUUUUCAAAAAGGAUUCGUUGUGGCAAUCAGAAGAUUUGGAAACUGUUGUUGAUGAAGAUGUGCAAAGAACAUGUAUUUUGCAUGGUCCUGUUGCUUCUCAAUUUACCAACAAAGUUGAUGAGCCAAUUGGAGAAAUUUUGGAUUCCAUACAUGAGGGACAUAUUGCCAAGUUAAUCAAAGAUGAGUAUAACGGUGAUGCAUCGAAAAUCCCCGUUGUUGAAUACUUUGGAGGUAAGAAGCCAACUGCGUUGAGAUCAGUUGAUCAUGUUUUUACCACCGAUGGCAAAUCGGAAAUUGUGUAUGAAAUCAAAUCAAAUGUUCCUGAUGAGCAAGCCUGGUUGCAAUUGUUGCAAGGAUCGGAAUUGAACUGGUUACAAGCCAUUAUUUCAACUGAUAGAAUUGUUCAAGGCUCCAACCAUGCUUCCAACCCACUUCACGACAUCUUGACUCCAACUCCACAUUCACAAGUUGUCAUUAACAAGCUGACUCAUACGUUGACUGCUUAUGAAAGAGUUAAAGGUGAUUUGGUCCCCGUUGUUGAAAUCAAGUUGUUGAAGGAUAACAUUAUUCAAUUCUCCUUGAUUGAACACAGAACCGCUGAUGGCGCACCAGUUUCAUUGCCGUUCUUGUACAAGUAUCAACCAGAAGAUGGCUUUGCGCCAAUUGUCGAAAUUAUGGAUUCAAGAAAUGACAGAAUUAAAGAAUUUUACUGGAAGUUAUGGUUUGGUUCCAAAAUUCCAUACAACUUGGAUAUCAAUGUUGAAGAACAAAUUUUAGGUGAUGAAGUUACCAUCACUGGUAAAGAUAUUGCUGAAUUUACCCACGCCAUUGGUAACAAAUGUGAGGCAUUUGUCAAUAGACCAGGUAAAGUUACCUUAGCACCAAUGGAUUUUGCCAUUGUUGUUGGAUGGCAAGCCAUCAUUAAGGCUAUUUUCCCCAAGACUGUUGAUGGUGACUUGUUGAAGUUGGUUCAUUUGUCCAAUGGAUACAAGAUGAUUCCUGGCGCUGCACCAUUGAAGAAGGAUGACGUUGUUUCAACAAAAGCAGAAAUCAAAGCUGUAUUGAAUCAACCUAGCGGGAAAUUGGUUGAAGUUGUUGGUACAAUUUAUCGUGAUUCUCUCCCAGUUAUGGAAGUUUCUUCACAAUUUUUGUACCGUGGUGAAUAUGUUGAUUAUGAAAACACAUUCCAAAAAGUUACUGAAACUCCAGUUCAGGUUGCUUUUAAAUCAUCUAAGGAUUUAGCAGUUUUGAGAUCCAAAGAAUGGUUCCAUUUGACUAAGGAUGUUGAAUUUGAUGUAUUGACAUUUAGAUGUGAAUCAUUGUACAAGUUUAAAUCAGCCAAUGUUUACUCAUCAAUCAAGACUACUGGUCAAGUUUACUUGGAGUUGCCCACAAAGGAAGUUAUUCAAGUUGGUGAAGUCAAUUAUGAAGCUGGCGUUUCGUAUGGUAAUCCAGUGACUGACUAUUUUGCCCGUCAUGGGAAGACUAUUGAGGAAGCUGUUUCAUUUGAAAAUGCAAUCCCACUUUCUUCAAGUGAAGAGUUGAUUUCCAAAGCUCCAAGUACUAAUGAACCAUAUGCCAUUGUUUCUGGUGAUUACAAUCCAAUUCACGUUUCACGUGUCUUUGCCGCUUAUGCAAAAUUACCAGGUACUAUCACUCACGGUAUGUAUUCUUCAGCAUCUGUUAGAGGAUUAGUUGAAGAAUGGGCUGCUAAUAAUUUUGCUUCAAGAGUUAGAGCAUUCAAGUGUGACUUCGUUGGUAUGGUUUUACCUAAUGAUACAUUGCAAACAACUAUGGAACACACUGGUAUGAUUAAUGGUCGUAAGAUUAUCAAGUUCCAAACCAAGAAUAUCGAAACUGAUACUCCUGUCUUGGUCGGAGAAGCAGAAAUUGAACAACCAAUCACCACAUAUGUUUUCACUGGUCAAGGUUCUCAAGAACAAGGUAUGGGUAUGGACUUGUACAAUUCGUCCGAUGUCGCUAAAGAAGUUUGGGACAAAGCUGAUAAACACUUUGUCAACAACUAUGGAUUUUCGAUUUUGGAUAUCGUGCAAAAUAACCCUAAGGAAUUGACAGUUCAUUUUGGUGGUGCUAAAGGUAGAGCCAUUAGAGACAAUUAUAUUGGAAUGAUGUUUGAAACUAUUGGUGAAGAUGGUGAAUUGAAAUCAGAAAAGAUUUUCAAGGGAAUUGAUGAGACUUCUACAUCAUUUACAUUUGUUUCACCAACUGGAUUGUUAUCAGCUACACAAUUUACUCAACCGGCAUUGACAUUGAUGGAAAAGGCUGCUUAUGAAGAUAUCAAACUGAAAGGAUUGAUCCCACUGGAUAUCAUGUUUGCUGGUCAUUCAUUGGGUGAAUAUUCAGCAUUGAGCUCUUUGGCCAAUGUGAUGCCAAUUGAAUCUUUGGUUGAUGUUGUUUUCUACCGUGGUAUGACUAUGCAAGUUGCCGUGCCAAGAGAUGAAUUGGGUAGAUCCAACUAUGGUAUGUGUGCUGUUAACCCAAGCAGAGUUAGUCCAACAUUUAAUGAUGCAGCUUUGAGAUUUGUUGUUGAUGAAACGUCCAAAAGAACUGGAUGGUUAUUGGAAAUCGUCAAUUACAAUGUCGAAAAUCAACAAUAUGUUACUGCUGGUGAUUUACGUGGAUUGGAUGCAUUAACCAAUGUGCUCAAUGUUAUAAAAUUGAACAAGAUUGACAUUGUCAAAUUACAACAACAGCUUUCGAUUGAGGAAGUCACCAAACAUCUUUAUGAAAUUAUUGAUGAAGUUAAACAAAGAACAUUGGCUAAACCACAACCAAUUGAAUUGGAAAGAGGUUUUGCUGUUAUUCCAUUGAAGGGAAUAGAUGUGCCAUUCCACUCUUCAUACUUGAUGAAUGGAGUUAAACCAUUCCAAAGAUUUUUGUGUAAAAAGAUUCCUAAAUCUUCAGUCAAGCCACAGGACCUCAUUGGUAAAUACAUCCCCAAUUUGACAGCAAAACCAUUUGAGUUGACAAAGGAGUACUUUACUGAUGUUUACAACUUGACGAAAUCAGAAAAGAUUAAAAAGAUUAUUGACAAUUGGGAAAAAUUUGAGCAAAUGUAA